AACAGUCAAUCCAACACAGUACCAGAACCAUGUCAUUCUCUUCAUCUAGUUUCUGCAAAAAGUUGGAUAUAUUACAAGAAACUCAAGAAUCAAUUGUAUCCAUUUCCCAAUGGGUAUUGUUCUAUCAAAAGCAUUGCAAGGACAGUGCAAGGACAUGGGCAGACUAUACCAUAAGCAAGUCCCAUCCAUCAAACAAAAAGUUAUCAUUGCUUUACGUUUGUAAUGAUAUUGUUCAGCAAGCUAGAAGAAAGAGAAAACAAGAAUUUAUAACCGAGUUUGCCAAGGUAUUACCAGGAGUAUUACAAAAGAUAUACCCCACUGUCGACUCGAGUAUAAAGGCAAAAAUUGACCGACUUAUUAGUGUUUGGGAACAACGACAAAUAUUUGACAGUAGUGAUAUUGCAAGAAUAAAAGGUUCAUUGACUAUUCAAGAACAACCUACAGAAUCGAAAUUGACCAAUUCUGUUCAAGGUGAUCUGAUUGUGCCCGAUUUAAAACAUAUUAACGAUUUAUACAUUCAUUUGAACCAGUUAACAGACUUAUCUCAGGCCAAUUUAACUCAAUUUGGUAUACAAUCAAAGACUUACUUGCCUCAUGAUCCUACAUUAUCAGAAAACUUGCCGGCACCACGUCAAUAUAUUUCAAAAUUAAAUAUGUUGGAAGAAUUAAGUAAAGUUUCAAUUAACAAUAUUACAGAAAUUAAAAAUACCAAACUUAAAAUAAAGACACAUUUAGAUAACUUAUCUAGGUUAUUACUGGAAGGUAUAAAAACUGAAGAUAGUAAGAUCGGUAUUAUAAAUGAAAAAUUAACCAGAUUACAUACUACUAGAGAUGAAUUAAAGUCCAUGCUUGAACUGGGUGAUGGUAAUCAGCAACCUCCUCAGCAGCUAUCUGAAGAUGAAGAAGAAUCACCAACAUUUGAAGCUAUUGCUGAUGACGACGAUGAUGAUGAUGAUGAUUUACUCCCAACAUAUGAAGAUGAUGAUGAAAAACCAGAAGAAAGCAACAAGAGACGCUAUUCUCAAACUCCUUCAGGUGGUUCGACUCCGUCCUCCAAACGAGUAGCAUUUUCUGAGGACAUUGAAGUUAAGGAAUAUGAUCGCGAUGAUUCAAAUGAAGCAGAUAACAAUAAACCACCAGAAAGUCCAGAAAUUGCAGAAAUGAUCCAUCACCAUAAAGAUCUGUUGGAAUUAAAACACGAACAAGAGACGGUAAAGAGUUCAAAUGGAGAUAGUCUCAGUAAUGAAGAUGUUAUGAGUUUGUUAUCAAAGUUGGCAUGAUUAGAUUAUAUAUGUAUGAAUUAAUUUAAUAUAGCAUUAAGGUCGUUAGGCAUUAUUUUCUUGUCAAUUGAGACACUGGAAAGAUUCGGUAGUGAGUGUCUCUUUCUAGGAGAACCUGUUGGUUCUGGUGAAUUUCUCUUCAUAGUGUAUGUCUUUGAGUCUAUGGGAAGUACAGUAGGAGAUCUUACUUUCCUGGGUAUAUAUUUACACAACUCAUCAGAAGAUUCGCAAUUGGUGCAUUCAGGAAAGUCUCGAGAACAUCUUUUCUUAAACUUUCGACAUCUUAUACAACUUAUCUUUGAUUUUGUAGGAUUAUCAAAUUCAAAUUCUGGUUCUGGCUCUGAUUGAUCGGGGUCAACUUUAGUAAAGUUUUUCUUUUUGAAUACAUUAAGUAUGGGAGUUUGAGCUUUUGUCGGCAGUAGCUUCGUAUUCACUUGUAAUUGGAAUUCGUGCAAGUAUUUAUUCAUACCACUAUACGUCAAUGUUUCCUGACACAUGUAUCAGUAGAUAUGCUAUUAAUCUUGAUCGGUGAUUAAAAUCUGACUCAAGUCCAAAAUUUUAUUUUUUUCGCAAUUAUCAAAUCGGUUGCACGCCCAAUUUUGACUCGGUCUGUUAGAUCCGCUUAAUAAAUCUCAGUGCAAUUCCGAGCGAUUUAUAAACUUGAUUGCCUGUAAUAAUCGCAUCCGCACUGGGCAUUUUUCGGUUUAAUGAACUGGCCAUAGCUGAAACAUACUCCGUAUUGAUUUUUUCAGGUUCUUUAUGGAAUAACUUUGACCAUUUCGACGAGUUUAUACUUCCAAUAUAAAGUAAAUGUUUUGCUCUUGUCAUGGCCACAAACAAUAACCUUGCUUCUUCUGCGGAAGGCGCGUGCACACCAUUCAUAUUUCUCCAUGGUGAAGAUGGAAACUUUGCAUAGUGUGAUUUGCACCCAGGAAUAAACACAACAGGAAAUUCUAAACCCUUGGCUUUAUGCACAGUUGAAAUAUUAAUGGAUUUCUUGUCAAUCACUGGUUCAUCUUCGGAAAAUGUAUGCAAGAAAAAUUCAAUAAAUGUACAAUCUGGUUUGGCCAUAAUGUACCGUCCAUAUGCAAACUUGACUGAUUUAGAAAACGAAUUAAGGUUUUUUAGAACUAUCUCCCCGCGUUGUUGUUCUGUCGCUGGUACUUUAUUAAUAUAGUCCAUAAGUUCGGUACCAUGGACUAUGUUUACUAUCGAUUGAAUAACUUGUUUAGGUCUGAUAAGUGGUGAGCUGUCGCGUUCUUGUCUAACAACAGUUAGAAAUUUGAGGAUUUUCAAUUUCAAAUGUUUCUUGACGUCGGUGUUAAAUAUU